ACCGUUGCCAUAGAAACACCUUAGCGUGGUCCCUGGGUUGUCGGGCGCUGUAGCUGCAGAAAGGAAGCCCGAGGGCUUGCUGUCCCUCGGUGUCGAGUACCCCAGAUUUGAUUCGCCAACAAGGGGGUAUCUUUCCCGCUUACCACACAGGUAACUGCAUUUUUGUGAAAUUAUAAUUGUACCAUGGAUGUUAACAAAACUAGCUCAAGAAGAAUGGAACAAGACAGACUGGAAUCCUCAAAUCUUCCUCCAAAAGUUUGGCAUUCUGAGGUGACAAUGUCAGUGACAGGUGAAGCACCUAGGGCUGUGGAAGAAGAAAAAGAAACAGGCAAAGGAACCGAUGUAGAAGUCAUCCCGGAAAUCACAGAGCCACUCUUCAUUCUAGAUGUGCUGAGAAUCUCUGCAGUUCUGGAGGAUACCAUAGACCAGCUUUCUAUUCUGAACUAUAUCAUGCCAGUUCAGUAUGAAAGAGAAAUAAGCAGCGACACGAAGCAAAACAAAGAAAAGAGUUUAGAAGGAAAACGCUUAGAAAAGCUUUCAAUGGUCUCAAGAACCUCGAAAAUAUCCAAUCUAUUCUUACCUAAAGAAGAAUUCCGGUUCUCAGAAGUCAGACAAGAAGGCCAAUUUGCCAAUGAGUUUAACAAAGUGCAAGAUCUUGUCUUCAAAAAACCUACAAGGCAGGCCGUAAUGACUUCAGAGACACUGAAGAAAAUUCAGAUUGAUAGGCAGUUUUUCACUGACAUAAUUACAGACACCAUGCAGGAGCUGGAAAAGUCAGGCACUUUCAACACUCUCCUGAAUGCUUUGAGGAAAGAGAGGGAAAACAAAAUGCAUUUCUAUGAUAUCAUUGCCAGGGAGAAAAAAGGAAGAAAACAGAUAAAAUCUCUUCAAAAACAGCUAAUUAAUGUCAAAAGGGAACGGCAAGCUGAAGUGCAGGGUAGGAAUGAAUACAUUUCUCACCUCAAGGACCAGUUGCAAGAGAUGAAGGCAAAAACCAACAUGGAGAAUCGCUAUAUGAAGAAAAACACUGAGCUGCAGAUUUCCCAGACACAGAAAAAAUGUAACAAAACAGAGGAGCUCCUGCUGGAAGAGAUCGAGAAACUAAGGUCGAAAACCGAAGAAGAGAACCGGAUUCAUAUGGAGAUUGAAGUGUUCCUUAGAAAGGAGCAGCAGAAACUUGAGGAAAAGCUAGAGUUCUGGAUGGAGAAAUUUGAUAAGGACACAGAAAUGAAACAGAAUGAAUUAAAUGCUCUCAAGUCUGCAAAGGCCGCUGACUUAGCACACCUUCAAGACCUUGCCAAGACGCUAAGGGAGUAUGAACAGGUCAUCAUUGAAGAUCGUCUGGAGAAGGAGAAGACCAGGAAGAAGAUGGAGCAGGACGAGCUGGAGUUAAAAAGCAUCCUAAAGCUCCAGGCCUGGUGGCGAGGCACGGUGGUACGGAAUGAAAUUGGUGGUUUCAGAUUGCCUAAGAAGGACAAAGAUGAUAGCAAGGAUUCCAAAGGUAAAGGCAAGGACAAGGACAAGCGCAGAGGCAAGAAGUGACUGAGUCACCUUCUAUCUUUUCCUCUGGUGUUCUGGAGACAGAAGGAGGACUUGAAAGGAGUAAGACUCCUCUUUCACCAGCACAGACAACUCAUCUACAGGUUGUUUCUUUGGACAUUCUCAGGUGUGCCCUGGUUAUUUCACUUUAGUUUUUCAACCCCUGAAUUAGGAUUAUACCAUUGAUUUAGGGCUUCUUGAUAUUUUGAAAAAAUUUUGCUGGGAAGAAGUAUUUCUAGGAGCCUUGUGAAGAUUCCUCUCACUUUCUUACCAGAAAAAAAGUUCAUGGGCUUAGUUACAGCGAUGCAUUAAACUUCAGUAAUUCCUGUAAUGUCUCUGAUUUUGUCUAUAGUGAAAAAACUCUUAUGAGCAAAAGUGAGGUGUUCAGUAGGAAUUACAAGAUGUUUAUAAAGUGUCUAGCAUAAUAUAUACACAGUGAAGUUUUAAUAAAGGUUGGUUUCUUCCUGCCUCUUAGA